ACCGCUAUACAGUGCAUAAUUGUCCGUGGCACGAUUCCGCUCGUUAUCCCUUCGCGUGGACAAAUUUGAAAUGUGUCGCCACAAUCGCCGUAUCACGUUCGUUUGACGAGUAUCGGAUACCGAUCGGGCGGCUUGCGAAGCCGUUUGGUCAAUAAGAAAUAGCUCGCGAAACUUGGGAAAGCAUAAUGUGCAUGUCGACGCGAACAGUGUAUCGUGCGUCAGUGCUGAACACGGUGCGUGUGUAACGAAGUUCUAUCGUGAACGAUAGAGAAAACCAUCGAUUAUAGCAAUGAUAGCGUACUACAAACGAGGAGAGAGCUACGUUAUCCUGCAUUGACGAAGAGGGAAUAGUCGCAGGAGGGUGUUAUAUUUCUAUCGGCGUGGAAAAGGUCAAACUUUGUCCGGAUUCUAUGCGAUGUACCGGCGCCCCACCCCCGCAGACUGCUUGUCCUUUAAAUCUAACCCCUUCGGACGCAUUCGAGGGUAGCACGCCGCUGUCGUACUAUGCGUGAACAUUAUCAGCACUGUCAUUACUUGCAGAACUUACUAGUCUUGCAGUAAUACCUUCCCAUUACUAAAAAGUUCCAAAGUGUUUGUUACGCACGCUUCUUCUGUGGAUCUAUGACUUAACUCUACAGUUGGAAUCAACGAAUUCAACAUGUAUGCGUUAAAGAUGCAAGUUGCCUGCCAAGACGAAGGCAGUGGGGAGCCAGACGAUCCCAGUAGUCAUCAUCAAGAACCUGUUGGACCUCCGGCACAAGAUUGCAGCUCGUUUGAUAUUGUUAGAGCCACACAGUAUGGAGCCCUGGAUCGUGUAACAGAACUAGUAGAAGCUGGCGCGGAUGUAAAUCAACCAGAUUCAGAAACUGUAACAUUAUUACAUUGGGCUGCUAUAAACAAUCGAAAAGAUAUAGUAAAGUAUCUUAUUGCAAAGGGGGCUGUUGUCGAUGCAAUUGGCGGAGAACUUGAUUCCACACCUUUGCACUGGGCUACAAGGCAAGGUCACCUGUCCACAGUGGUGAUAUUAAUGAGAGCAGGCGCCGAUCCUACUCUUAGAGACUCGGAAGGAUUCUCCUGUAUCCAUUUAGCAGCACAAUUUGGUCAUACAUCGAUUGUUGCUUAUCUAGUCGCAAAGGGAGUAAAUCCUAACAUGCCAGAUAGAAGCGCGAUGACACCCCUUAUGUGGAGUGCCUACAAAGUAAAUAGUCUUUCCUUUUACAGUCUAGACCCGACAAGAUUGUUAUUAACGUUAGGAGCGUCUCACUCGCUCGCAGACAAUUUCCAUGGCAAUACAGCUCUGCACUGGGCCAUCAUAGCCGAGAACAGUACAGCGAUAUCUACGUUGGUCCACCAUGGCGCGUCUUUGGACGUUCCCAAUAUCCGCGACGAGACACCGAUGACGUUAUUAGGUCGUCAUAUCGGUGCUGCUUGGUUGGGACACAAAAUUAGUCAAGAGAUCCGCGAGAAACAAGGCAGAACUAGAACAUGGUGUAGAGAUAAGAGAAUGCGCUGGUACUGUAUGGUCAGUUCGCCAUUUAUAAUUUUUUAUCUAAUCGGAAUAAUUCUUCAGAGCGGACUGGAUUAUCUAGUAAAAUUAGGUGCCUUUGUCACUCUUUACAUAGCGUUAUACUUAGCUAAUCAUUUUAUCUUCGACGAACGAUUGUUUCAUAUUGUACCGAUGUCAGUUUACUUAGCUACGAAGAUGUGGAUAUACGUUACGUGGGUAUUCUGGUUGGGCAUACACGCUACGUGGUAUUUGUGGUUAUUGUUGGUAGGCGGUUCGGUACCGUUGUGGAUAUGUUUUUUACAGUCCUGGAGAGGCGAUCCUGGUGUAAUUACAGCGACGCACGAAGACAAGCUGAAUACAAUUAUAGAGUUAGCAGAGUCGGGUGGUUUCGAGCCCCAAUCGUUCUGCAGUAGUUGUUUAGUCAGAAGGCCCAUGAGAUCCAAGCAUUGUUCCACGUGUGAUCGAUGCGUGGCACGUUUCGAUCAUCAUUGCCCGUGGGUCAAUAACUGUAUUGGUGCACACAACCACAAGUAUUUCCUGGGGUUUUUAGCGUCACUAUUAGGACUCUGUAUCGUUGUUUUAUCCGCUAGUGUACAAUAUUGGCAGUUCGAAUGUUGGACAAACUUAACGAAUGGCCACACUGCUGAUAACUAUCUUGUUGCCGCGGCUACCUGCGACGCGUGGGUGAUGUGGAUCACUGUUAAUACAUCCUUGCAUUUCUUCUGGGUUGGCACGUUGUUAGCGUGCCAGUGUUAUCAGAUAAUGGUUCUCGGAAUGACAACGAACGAGCGUAUGAAUGCUGGGCGAUAUACGCACUUCAAGCAAGGAAAUCCCUUCCAUCGCGGAGCCCUUCAGAAUGCUGCCGACUUCUGCAACGUUAGCUUCUGCGGGGUGAAGGCGAAACCCAGCUCAGACUGGUUGCACAGUUUUGAUCACAAACAGAGCAUCGAGAAGUUGCCAUUGCUCGCUACCAAGGACAACUACCAGUACAUAUAAAUCAUCUGUCGAUGAGGAAAAAGAACUGUUACGGGUGACGCGUUCAUUCCAGCCGUCAGAAGCUAAAACUGUGUCAUAUCAUUUCUGCCUGAAGCAUUCUCUGGGCCACUAAACAGAGUUACUCCGCAAAAAGUAGUUUUUGCACAAGUGAGUUCGUUGUUCCAGUGAUUUUUGCGUAUACAGAUAUUGAAUUGGAAGUAAUUUUCGUACACAGUCAGAUGAGCCACGGGACUUUGAAAACGCGUCUAUUGUAAAAGACUGUUCUACGACCGUAAGUAUGCGUGUCCUCCCAUUGCCAUCAUUUUUCCGUAUUUUCUAUCGUACGAGCAUCGAACGAUAUGCACAAGUACUUUGAACAAUAUUUUCGAAAAGAUCGCUCAGCGAGCUCUUUUUUUGGCCACCUGUAUUUAUUCGAAUCUAUUCUCCCGACGGGAUUAACGAUAAUUUACAAUGUAAAUAUACAAUAUGUUUCACAUGUAAGCGCAACGUAAUCAUUAAACGUGAAUACGUUAACAUUUUUUUCCAAGAAUUGUCUUUAGUUAUCCGUAGCACCGUGGAAGAGAUAAAAAAUAUCAACCUGGUUCGAAUUAUAACACUGUUCAACAAAAUUGUAAUUUUGCUUUUUGACAACCGGUAGACAAUUCAUACAACUAUAAUCUAAAUGUUUGUAAUGUUGUAUUUGUGUGUGGAAAACUGUUCGGAAAGCAAGAAAAAUUCGUCUUUUAUAAAAUUAAAUUUCUCAGAAAAUAAGGAGAAAGUUAUAUGAAUUGCCUAUUGCUUAGUAAAACGCAAGACUGACGUUGAAUAGUGUCGUUUCUGCGCGAACAGUAAUAUUUCAAUCAUAUCGAAGAACAAUAUAUAUCUUUGUAAGAAAGAACCAUGACAGUCAGUUCUAUGAGAAAACUAUACGAUGUACUUUUUAAUGAUAUUAUUUAUUAUAAUUGUUUGUACUUUGUAGCUUUUAAACGCCGUAGAAAUACAUCCACGGAUGAAAGACGAACAGCAAAUUUUUGCUAAACGCCUUUCAAAAACAGCAAUUCUGUAUUACAUUCGAACAGUUCGGAACUUCAGAAAGAAAAACAUAGAAGAAGUGCUGGUCAUGAGCGUAUACAUAACAUCUAUGUAUAUACCUAUAUAAGGAAACUAAGUUUAAGGAUUUCAAUUAAGCAGCUAAAAAACGAACACGCUGCGUAACCAGAUUACGAUAGAUAAUUUGAAUUGCAUAUUACCGUUGGCUGUAUAAUCUGUUCUUUCGUAUCUAUGAGUAAGUUCACCAGUUUUAAGUGCCACGCUUGUAUUCUUCAAUGGACAUCCAAUACCUAUGUAACUCUUUACACUUCUAAUCUCGUAAGGUUUGAUUAACGUUGUUGCGUCUAAUCCGUGAUUAAUUGCAUUGCGCAAACGAGAAAUGGUGAACAUUUUAACGAUAGCAAUAUAAAAAUAUUUACAAAAUAGCGUAUACAUAACAAAUUGUUUACAAUGUCUGUUCCAAUGGGUGUCACACACGUGAAUAAUAUUGUCAAAUUUUCGAGAAUCUAUCUUAUUACUUGUACGUAGUGAUUUAACAGAAAAAUUGAAAACUAAAAGAAUGGUCUGAUGCAGACACAGAACGAAACUUUUUUGUACGACAAUUACAAAGGCGACGAUUAAGCGUACGUUACAGGUAUUAACUUGUGGUCAAGUUCAAUGUUCUUUCACAUUCCAAAACAUGUACUCGCGCCUAUAAUUGUAAAUUACUUCUUUUACUUAAAUAUUAGUACACCGUUCAGACGCGUCUAUGUAUCUUACCGGUUUGAAUUGUCAGCCACUGAAAAUGUAUUCGAACGAAACACCGUAUACUGUUAAGGUUGCAGACACCCACGUCAAUUCCAGUUUUUAUCAUUAUUAGAAACAACAGCUGUGACAGUUGCGUUGUACGCACAAUUACUGUGAAAAAAGAAGUAAAAUUGUAUAAUUGAAUUGCAACCUUAACAGAAUCGACUUAAUUGGUAUCGAACGAGGUUCCAUUUUGUCAAGUUUCAGUAGGUGAUUUUUUGUCAAUGGUUACCGAUUGUUACUACCACAGAUUCCCAUUGACGGAGUGCGGGUAUUACAUAUUUGACAUCGCAUUUCGAAUAGGUGCCUAAAUGUUUCAUCGUUGUCCUACACACAAUGUUGUAGAAAAUCGAUGAAACCUGUCAGUUGUAUUUUAAGUUUUGAUAAUAACACAAAUUCUCAGUAGUGUCUAGAAAACAAAUACACAAUGUAAAAACUUGGUUGUGUUUGGUCUGUGUUCGAAGUGUUUUCGCGAUAAAGCAGGUAUGGAAUAGCAAUUGUAUCUUUAUGAUUUUUAUCGAUUGUAUCAUAGAACUUUCACUGGUCUCAGGCUAGUUUUAAUUGUGUACGACUGAUUAUAAUUUUAUGUACAGAUCAUUUGGUUUCAUUAUACGAUAAUGUAAAUAGUCAGGUAUUUUAUUUUGAUAGUUUGAUCGCCUUAUACUUUUUUUUUCUAAUGCACCUGUGUACAGAAGAGAAUUGACUUUCUGUACAUUCUGUCCUGUGUAUCAUUAUUAAAUGGGAGAGAUCACUUGUUCCCAUAAUUGGGCCGCUUGUACAGAAUGUUAAAAACAUAGAUUUUCCACGAAACGUUGAAGAGUCCGCAUAGGGUUAAGAAAGUCAAUGAUAUUAAUUCAGAAUCGAAUACUCGAUUGUCGGAAUUCACUUGAAGAAACAUGUGUAUAAAUAUUCUAAAUACAAGCGUAAGUUAAGCGUAAAUUGAUUUGUACCAGACUGUUCGAUUAACCGUCGAAACGAAUGCGUUUGUUAGGUGUAACUUUCUUUUUUAAAUGUAUUUAUGCAUAUUUCCGUUCUAGUCUGACCGAUAUUAGGGGUAACACGACGUUUAGGAUUUUAUUUAACGAUUAACAAUAAACCCUCGGAAAACGGUAGUUACAGACUUCAUGAGCGAAAAUGUCCAGAUCCAUACAGGUUAUAAUUUAUCAAUGUUUUUAGAUACUGCAUCAUCAGUUUUUAAGAUAUCUAAUUUUUUACUUCAACAACUUUUUCGUGUUUUAUUUUUGAAUGCUAUAUGAACAUUGUAGAAUAUUCUGUAGACUUUAUAAAAACAUUUUGGAGUGAAAAAUACCUCAUAACUGAAUUCUUUAGUUAGCUUGUUAGCUGUUAGAAACUAAAGGGCGUGAAGCCUUUGGGGGUCGCAACAGACCUAGGCACCGCCGUCCGAGGGUUAAUGGUUAUCAUAUUCCGUAAGUGUGCGCGAUGAACACUUAUCUAACAGUGAUCUCCGUUUACGAACGAUUCGGGAAACCAAGAAUGCAUUUGAACAUUUUGAGAAACAUACACGCAAUGAACGAACAAAUAUACAAUACAACACGGAACAAAUUUUUAUAAUUCAUGUUUUGACAUAUUUUACUUGUGCGUUGCGAAUGGAUGGUGCAGGGGGAGAUGUCGACGGCGCAAUUAAAACAUGACAGACACGCGAGCACCUGGAUAUAUAGAUUGUAGUUGAUGAAACAAAAAAAAGAAAAGGUGUUUCCGGUGAAAGGACAUUAAAUGUAAUCUUGUAAAACACUUUUUGCGACUUGUUACACAUUUGGAAUAUACAUAAUAAUGCCUCCUUGCGAACGAUACACGUCGCGUAGACCAGCUUACAGCUGCUGUAUCGAAUCUUGCUAGACUAAACUAAACCGUUCUAAUAUACUUCCAACCGAAUCGAUGUAAAUAUAUCCGUUUUUCCGUUCACUUCGAACAAUUUAGCGGGACACGUUGGAAGUCUAAGAAAUUUUGGUAAAUAAUUGCGGAAUUAAAUCAAAAUAACUAUGUGUCAUAAAAUGAAUAAAAAGGAAAAUGAUCAA